AAUUGCUUCUUCCUUUUCUUUCUUUCUUUCUUUCUUUCUUUCUUCCGCCGCCUGCUGCCGUGAAAGCGCCGGUGGUGUUGGAGGCUCUUUGUGCGGAGGGAUCUGAGAUACGGACUACACCCAGCCGCAGCCGCUACCGCAGCCGCACUAGUGCCCCCUCGGCUUUCUUUGCCGCCCCAGCGCGUCCGAGUAGUGGUGGCUUACAUCCAAGGCUCCCAAACUCUCUCGCUUUUCGCCCUUCUUCUUAGCCAUUUUGCAACCCCCCUGCUUUGUCCAUUUCAACAUGUCGUCUUGGCAAAACUACGUGGAAAACCUGAUGGCCGACGGCAGCUGUCAGGACAGCGCCAUUGUUGGGUAUUUGGACGCCAAAUACGUUUGGGCAGCACAUGACGGUGGCACUUUCAACAAUAUCACGUCCCAAGAAAUUGAUGUGCUGGUAGGCAAAGACAGAGAGACCUUUUACACCUGCGGUCUCACCCUGGGCUCAAAGAAGUGUUCAGUGCUCAGAGACAGCCUGCAAGAUGAGGGCGACUGGACAAUGGACAUGAGGACAAAGAGCCAAGGAGGAGAACCUACAUACAACAUCUCUGUGGGACGAGCAGGACAAGUAUUGGUUAUACUCAUGGGAAAGGAGGCCGUCCAUGGUGGAACACUUAACAAGAAAGCACAUGUUAUGGCGGAUUACCUGAGGAAGGUUGGAUUUUAAGCAACCUCACCAUCCAUCAACCUAACAGCUCACUACAUACUUCUAGGAUCAAAGGGCAAACAAUGUUUCUUUCAUCCCCUUUUAUACACAGUCCCAUUUUUUUUCCCCCUUUAUCACAAUGUGAUUUUUUUUUUCCCUCAACACUACAAUAAUGGCAUGAUCAUGAAAUUGUUUAAAUGUUUAUAAACCAAAGGAGUGUACAAAAAAAAUAACCACAGUGUAAUAAAACUGAAUUUGCCUUGUAUGACAUCUGCUUCGCUAGUUGCUAAUUGGGAAAAAAAGGCACCCCUACCCCAUUCAUCAGCAUGUCUUCAUUGUUGCAUGCAUAUCUGCUUUUAUGGUUCUCCAGGCUCUUCACCCGUGCCCCCAGCUAAAACACCUGCCUCCAAUAAAACGGUUUACGCUAACAAAA